UUUAGCAACGGAACAACCCGCCCCAUAGCGGGGUUAGUUGUUCCGUUCCGACCUAUCUAAUAAAAAAAAUUCUGGUAAAAAAACUGUUUAACGAUGCACAAAAUAAUAUCGCUACUCAGAAACGCAAAUAAUCAUUAUUUAAUAUAGCGCAACCCACAUACCUUAUUCACACUGUUUUCAUAGAUCAAAUUUGUAUUUUAUGAAAAUCGGCACGUUUAACCCCGCUCUCUCCUACCGUGAUAACCUAUUGGUCUCUCUUAUCACUCUUAUCUGUAAAACCGCGUUUUGCAUUAAGCACUUUAUGGCAUAGUAAUAGAGUCUAUUAAACACGGGGCCGGGGACCAUUGGAAGAGUUUAAAAAACCCAUAUUACUUAUGCCGAGUUCGGCGCUCGAACAAAUCGCAUUCUCUUAGAGUUUUCAGUGGCAACAACUUGUGUAGUCGGUUUUCACACCUUUACCGCGCAAAAACAAAGCUGUGCCUAAAACUCACUCAUUAUCUUCACUAAGUUAUCGAGCUAACGCCAUGUUUCUCAAGUUUUCCCUGGCGCUGUCCGCGCUCGCGAUCGUCGGGUGUCAAGCAGCGGCCGUCACGGACACCGCGAACCAAGACUCCGCCUUCAGCAAAGUUAAAGUGACAGAAACAGUUAUAUCGCAGAAGAUCACCAAAGAAGUCCCCUUCAUGCCGCCCUUGAUGAUAAUAGGUAAUAACAACGGGAGUAUAACUCGAUGCCCGAUCGAUAAACCAAACUCGUGUGAAGUCUUCCAUACUAGUCCUUGCCAUUCAAAUGUUACUUCCACCGUGGUAUACGGGGAAUAUCUUUACGCGUCGCUGGAAUCGGGGAUAAUGCUCCGCUGUGUGUGGCAGAGAAGACACUCCUGCUACGAAUUCAACCAAGCGGGCACUAAAAUCAGUGGUCUAGCGGUAGCUGCUGGUUACAUACACGCUGGGCUCAAAAAUGGAACAAUCCUGCGAUGCGAACUGGACUCACCUCAUAGCUGCUGGCAUUUCGCUGACGUGCCAAGAGAAAUUUUAUCAUUUGCUGCGUUCGACUCUCAUAUUUAUGCAGGGUCGCAUGCCGGACAUAUAUAUCGUUGUUGGUUGACUGAAGACAGGGAUUGCAGCAUUUUCUAUGAAAACGGCUGGUCGGAUGUUUAUGGAAUGGUACGUCUAGGGGAGAAAAUGUAUGGACUUAAAUAUGCUGGUGCUAUCCAUUACUUCAAUAUGGAUUUUUAUCAGCAGGAUUAUCAAUCGAUUGGAUUAUCCGGUAAUGGAUACACAAGCAUGGCCCUUUAUAACCGAAAAUUAUACAUAGUGCUGAAAUCAAAGGGAAUCUACACUAAUAACCUAGGUUCAGAAUCUGUAAAACUGAUUGCCGUAAAUGAAAACGCGGUAAGCAUCUCCUUUACCUAUGGAACGUUUGGUAUACAAAACCAAUACCGGCUGGAGGCGAAAAAAUGUAUUUACAACGACGGAAUUUUCACGUGCCCGCCAACUGUGGUGUACUACGAUGUUCGCAGCAGGGCUCAGUGGGAAGUUUCGGUUAAGAAUGGCAGUCUCUAUGACUCUCAAGGGGUUAUUUUAGACACGAGCGAUGCCGACGAGAAUUAUUCGCAGAAGGCGGCCAUUUUCGUGAUGGGUCCAGACGGGCAGAUUUUAGUUUCGAAGUUUCACAAGAGAGGGCAUACUCACACGUCUAGUUUGCUUGCUGGGAACGAGGUGGCCGGUGCCGGGUUGAUAGUAGCGGAACAGGGAAAGAUACGCAGCAUCACUGCCUGCUCCGCGCACUAUAGGCCAGACGUGGAGUUAAACAGUCAGGUUAAGGAAUCCCUAUAUGUUAAAGGGUACAAGGAAGAUUUCUAUUCUUAUCCUUGUACUUACAGUGCCGAAUUAUGCGAACCAGUCGAUGUAAGUAAUAUUUAUUAAGAGCCAGGAGUGGUCAUUUCUCUAUACAAACGUACUCGACUGUUUCCUCCGUGGGUUUUGAUGCUAGAGCAAUGAUUUUUUCAACACAGAUUAAUAUUGUCAAUAUUUGUGUCGGACCGAUUAGCUUUUUUUGAUAUUUUUGUUAUUUAAGGCGCUAGAGCCCUUCAAAAAUGGCCAAAAUGGCCUAAUUAACUAUGCCGCAAACAGAGGUGUAGUAUUCAAAACUGAUAUCAAUUAGCCAAAAAAGCAAAACGGUUCGACACAGAUAAUUUCAUAAUCAUUUAGAUUUCCAAAUUUGGUUUGGAUUGGUUAAGUUUUGGAGGAGGAAACAGUCGAGUACGAAACCUCGAUUUUUGAUAUUUUUACGCAGGAUUUUUCGCCUUGUCCUUAUUGCACUAGUUUUAGGAGCCGCUUCCGUUAGCGAGACGGGUAUAUUUACCUAAAAUAUUUAAAACUCAGCUCCUGUUUCGUCUUAACUCACAUUUAUAGACGGGUCUAUCUCGAAUUUAUUUUAUUAACUUUAUUUAUCGAUCACGCGCCGCGACUACGACUGAAACCUGUGUCGAAAACCAAGGUUACAAUCGCUAUCGCUUCGACAGCGAAAAGCAUUAUGUCUCUCUAUCACUCUUCCAUAUUAGCGCG